AUGCUCCCUUGGGCUGUGGACGGGUCGAACCAAGAAACAAGAAAAGCCGCCUCCCUCUCACUUGACACAUUCGACCAACUCCUCCCCUCUCCCUUCGCCGGCGCCGGCGCUAAUCACUACCUGAAAAACCGUACACAGGCUCGCUCAACAUUCAAAGUAAGUCCAGCCAUGGAACUCGAAAUAAUGCCACCGAAAAAGCCCAAUUUCGACCCACUGAAAGCCCAUGAAAUCACAGAAGGCAGGCAGGCCGAGUUCCGGAAGGUUCCGGUCCCAGCCCACCGCCUCAAACCUCUGAAGGCCGCCUGGGAUAUAAUCUACAACUAUGUCUACGAGGUGAUGAAUGUGGACAUCCGCAUGAAUCUGAAGGCCCGUCGUGUGGAGCUCAAAAACAAGCCCGAAACUCCUGAUAUCGGCCACCUUCAGAGAUGCUCGGAUUUCGUUCAUGCCUUCGUUCUCGGGUUUGAGUUACGGGACGCGAAGCUUAUGCUGAAGCACGAUGAGCUGUACAUUGACUCUUUUGAGAUUAGGGAUGUGAAGAGACUGCGUGGUGAGCACUUGUCCCGUGCGGUGGGCAGGCUGUCGGGAAAAUCGGGUAAGACAAAGUUUGCAAUCGAGAACGCCACUAAGACCCGGAUUGUGAUUGCUGAUACGCGGAUUCAUGUGAUGGGACCUUUUGCCCGUAUUAAGAUCGCGAGGAGUUGUCUUUGUAGUCUGAUCAUGGGCUCGCCUGCAGCUAGGGUUUACUCCAAGCUGCGUCUUGUUGCCUCCAGGCUUGACAGCAUGGCCUAA